AUGCACCAGGUGUUUGGGAACAGGUUCCUGGAUGAGUUCAGCUUGCUGCUGCAGCUGCGCAGUUCCCAGCGUGGUGACCGCAGCCUGCUGUCCUUCCUCAAUCCAGACAACCACAUCCUGCUGCAGAUUCGCAUUAGCCAGCAUGCCUUCACCUUCAUCGGCACCCAGCAAAGACACUAUGAGUUCCCAGUGUCUUUUCUGUCUGAUGGCCAGUGGCACCGCGUUGCCAUGAGUGUGUCGAAGGGUCGGCUGACGCUGUACGUGGACUGUAUGAAGGUGGAGAGCGUGGACUGGACCUACCGCGGGCUGGGCAUCAGCACCGACGGCCUGCUGAUAAUGGGAGGCAUCAUCGAGGGCUUCGAGACGCCUUUUGAGGGCGACAUCAAGCAGCUGAUGUUCCUGAUGGGCGAUGCCGACGCGGCGCGGGAGCACUGUGUCCUCUACCCAGCCCGCUGCCACGGAACUGCCCCCAAACCACCCCGCUCACCCAAGACCAAACAACCCCACGAGGACCUCUUGUUGUCCUCAAAUGACCUGGAGGACCUUCUAGAGACUUCCGAGGACUCUUUCAAGAGCCGUGCUCUCAUUAAUGCAUUCCGGCGUGCGGAGGCCUUGCGCGGUGACGGCACGGUCUCCUCCGGCUCCAGGCAGCCCAGCUUGUUGGGCCGUGGGGACGUGUUCGAGGUGGACGAGGACACUGACUUAGCAGAUGUGCUGAGACCCAAACCUGGCUCUACGUCGGGCACAAAAACACCCCCACGUCACCCUAAGGGCGGCAGUGAGGGCAAGGCGGAUCCGGCCUCCAAGCUCCUGGACGAGAACGUCACCACGGAUAAGAAGAAAGAUGGGGGAGUCACGUCCGGAAAGCCACUGGAUGGUAUAAUUGACCUGGACCUUGGCAGGCCAAGGAAGAAGCCCGCUGUGGUCUUCCCCAGUGGAAGGACUCUCCCAGGGCCUGAUGAUGCGGAUGCUAACCGUCUGAAGGAGGACAUAGACCCACCUGACUACACCCAGAGCUCAAAGCCUAGUUCACCCAGUAAAGUCCCUUCCACUGAUAGGAUCAUUCAAGGUGCUGGAACACCCAAACAUAAGGGCUCCAGAGAGAAGCCUGGGAGGGUCCACGUUACAUCCAGGGAUGGAGACCUUGUGACCUUCUCAGACGGAAGGAGGUACAGGCUUCAGAAGGGUCCCAAAGGGUUCAUGGGAUCCCCAGGAGAAUCAGGAUGGCCAGGGCCGAACGGACAUCCUGGCUUCAAAGGUGACAGGGGUGCUCUGGGACCAGAAGGGCGACAAGGGCGACCAGGUGAGCAAGGACCCCCGGGUCCUCCAGGCCUGCCUACUAUCUACCUGUCGAGGAACACCAAUGAGGACUGGGCCGCAUUUCGGCGAAGCUCCUUCUUCCAGUUGCUGAAUGCAGGCUGGCCUAGAGAGCAGGGCCCUGAAGGACCAGAGGGGGAGAUGGGAAAGGACCCUCGGGAGAACCUGGUGACCGAGGGCGGCCAGGAAGCAGAGGUGACAUGGUAA